CUUCGCAAGCAUGUGACGAAAACAAAAUGUUUAUGCCCUGAAACAUCCAGUCCAACCAUUGUCCUUUUUUUUUUUCCUUUUUUGUUUCGACCCAUUAGAACAUCAUGUGGAGAGAAGCUUUGAUAUGGCUGCAAAUUUUGGUGCAAGUAGCAUUUAGUGGUCGGGAAACUUGUUCAAGUUUUGGUUACAACUUGAGUUCGUUUUACUCCAGAGCCAAGAUUAUUUCAUCGAACGACGGAAAGACAACAUGUGGAUGUUCUGUGCACAAACGAGAUAAAGCUUCCAUUGAGCAAGGAUUGACACCAAAGAAAAAGAACAUAGAUGAGAGUGACUAUAUGAAAUCGUCUUAUAAAAGAACAAAUCAGAUGGUUUUUAUUAAGGGUGGGAAAUUUACCAUGGGCACGAACAAACCAUUUCUGCCAAUGGACGGCGAAGGGCCGGCAAGAGAAGUGAAAAUAAAUUCAUUUUAUAUGGACGUUUAUGAAACAAGCAAUGCGGAAUUUGAAUUUUUUUUCAACAACACUGGUUAUGUCACAGAGGCUGAAAAGUUUGGAGAUUCAUUUGUGCUUGAAGGGAAGAUUAGCAAAGAGAUAAAGAAGGAUAUACAUCAAGCAGUUGCUGCAGCUCCUUGGUGGCUGCCAGUAAAGGGAGCUUAUUGGAAGAAACCAGAAGGACCUGACUCUCACAUUAGAGACAGAAUGGAUCAUCCAGUUCUCCAUAUCUCCUGGAAUGAUGCUGUUGCAUUUUGUAAAUGGGGUGAAAAAAGACUGCCCACAGAAGCUGAAUGGGAGUAUGCCUGCAGAGCAGGACUGCAGGACAAGCUAUAUUCUUGGGGUAACAAGCUUAAGAAAGAUGGUCAUCACAUGGCAAACACAUGGCAAGGAAGGUUUCCAACAGUGGACUCAGGGGAGGAUGGGUACUCUGGUACAGCGCCUGUCACAGCAUUCCCACCCAAUAAGUUUGGUCUGUACAACAUGCUGGGAAAUGCGUGGGAGUGGACACAAGAUUGGUGGAGUAUACGGCACUCAAGCCACUUCCAAGAAAAUCCAAAAGGACCUGCAUCAGGAAGGGAUAAAGUGAAAAAAGGCGGAUCCUACAUGUGCCACAAUUCGUAUUGUUACAGAUAUCGGUGUGCUGCUAGAAGUCAGAAUUCUGCUGACACCACAGCUUCCAAUCUUGGCUUACGCUGUGUCAGUGAUAAACGACCUAAUGGUGUACAGCUAGUCAAAUAACCAGCAAGAUAUGUAUUUUUGCCUAAAUUGGUCAGAGACUGAAGUGAACUAUGUGUAUUGCUUGGAAUGAAGCAAAGUAGAACCAGGGCAAUCUGUGAAUUCUGCCGGCACUCAGGUGACAAUUGCCAUAGCGAGCUCUUUCUCGGUGAUUGAUCAACUCGUGCCUGAUAACUUAGCUGUAUUUGAUCUUUCAAAUACAUGAUGGCUAGGAAAGGAUAAGUGUGACUGUUAAUUGUUGCUUGAUUAGGAUUUUUAAUGGUUGAACUACCUUACAUUGUUGGCAAUGUAACCAACUCCCCCCUCCCCCCCACAAUGUAUGAAGACAAACUUUACUCCAAGCUCUAAUUUUGAUGAGUGUCGUUUUCUUGAUAGAACUCAAACAUCCACGGUUAAGGUGUCUGAUUUAAACUUGUGUCUAAUUUGGCUUUCUUUUAAAGAAGAAAUGUUUCUGCUUUUUUGAGAAAGAAAAGGGGGAGGGGACCACUAUAUCAAAAUUAUGACAACGUGUGCUUUCUGAGAUGGUGGAAUGUGGGUAUUGGUACCGUUUAUUGUGCCAAAUCCUGAAAAGAACCCUGCUCAACUUCCGAUUAUCGAUCGGAUAAAUGAUGCGAAAGUUAGCUGUAUAUUCUUUCUAUUUUACGCAAAUCCCAUUCAUUAUUUCUGAAUUGUUUACUUGGAAA